UCCGGUCUUCUCACAGGGCAUCCCGUUACCUUCUCUAGAGGCUAUGAGCGGAGGAAAUGACAGCAGCGACUUAUGGGGAAAUAAACGCCAUAAAAAAAUGAGUGUCACUGAGUUGUUUUAGUUCAUGAGUUGUUUUGGGGAGUCAUGACGCCAUCACAGAGAGCACGGUACGGAUGCGAAGCGGCGCGAAACGCUAAAGGGAGAAUGGCAGCUCCUCUUGUCCCCUUGUUGAAGCGUGCUGGUGGGGCACCCCAGCCAUGGCCCAUACAGCCUACAGCACAGGUCCACAGGUCCCACUUCCCGCCUCCUGCUCCUCCUCCUCACCUUCCACUCUUCCAUACCCGCCAUGCAGAGGAGAGUGCAGAGAGACCCCAUCUGGUCACCAUCAUCCGCCCCUGUGCUCACAGUACACUACGCAAGGUGACAGUCCUUCUGAACCGUAGAGGUGUGGUGUCCUUCGAGCAACUGCUAUUGGAUAUCUCUGAGGCACUGGGCUUUCCUCGCUGGCACAGGGCCAGAGUCACACGCCUGUACACGACCCACGCUCGAGAGGUGAAAGGUGUAUGUGAUUUCUUCCGAGGCGAGGUGGCCUUCCUGGCGCUGGGAAAGGCUCGUCCAGAACUGAGCAGUGUGCAGGAGGCUCUGGAGGAGCUGUUUCCAGAACAUUCCCAUUACCGGGCCGAUGCACUGCGGGCCUGGGAGAAAAGACUUCACCCAGCGCCAGAUAAAGCAGCUAAGGCUGACAGUGGAUACAGUGAGGGGACAGACAGCAGCGAGACACACACUAACCAAGACACAAAUACGCAUGUCAAAAAUCAUACUAAUACACACACAAGUACACAGCCGCCUCACCGUGUCGACACACACCAGCCUGAAAACCAUAACUCAGAUGUUCAGAAGUGUCAUCAAAAGAUUUCAUGCAGGAAACCUGCUCACCUCCCCAACCACCUGCAGAGACUCCGUGUGAGGGGCGGGGUCAAGGAGCGACAGCCGUCUGUCAUUGGUCCGUUCAAACAUGAGGAAAGUCUUAGAGAAGCAGAUGUACCCUCUCCUACACUGUGUGAAGACUGCUUAGCAAGGAGAGUUAAACAUCAGGGUCCAGAGCGACUCAAUCCAUUGUCAGGGAGAGUCCCACUUCCUCCUGUGUCGAGGAAGCAGAAAAGAAGUUCUUAUGUAGAACAGGAAGUGAGAAAACUCUACGUUCACAUCAGCCCUCCACCUCCUCAGCCAAUCAGAGGAGACAAGGAGAAGAGUGUUGCCCAUUUAGUUUCAAACCCACUUCCAGAUGUGGGUCAAGUACACGAGGAGAAACAGCAGAGAGCGACCUUUGACCUUCCCUCAGAUGGCAGUGAUGUCACCCUGACAGAUAUUGAGCGUUGCUAUGAAAUUGGACGUGUGGUCGGCGACGGCAACUUUGCAGUAGUGCGAGAGUGCUGCCGACGUGACAAUGGCCAAACCCUCGCCGUGAAGAUUGUCGAACGCUCCAAGCUGAUCGGUCGAGAGCACAUGAUGCAGAACGAGCUGAGCCUCCUGGGAAGCCUCUGUCACCCUCGCAUUGUGCGGCUGUUUGCACACCACCACACACACACUCACUUGUACCUGGUGAUGGAGCUGGUGAGUGGGGGUGAUCUGUUUGAGGCCAUCAGUGAGAGGGGGAAGUUUCCGGAGGCAGAGGUGGGACUGAUGGUGUCAGAUGUGAGCGAAGCACUGAACUACAUCCACUGCAAAAGUAUCGUCCACCGAGACCUCAAACCAGAAAACCUGCUGAUAGAGCGUGUGGCUGCUGGCAUCUGCAGGCUGAAGCUGGGAGACUUUGGUCUCGCCAUGAUUGUGACUGAACCAGUCUACACGAUAUGUGGCACACCCACAUAUGUAGCUCCAGAGAUUCUCUGCGAGACAGGUUAUGGAGUUGCAGUGGACAUAUGGGCUCUGGGUGUUAUUCUCUACAUCCUGUUGUGUGGAUUUCCACCAUUUCGCAGUCGGGAUCGGGACCAGGAAGAGCUGUUCCAGCUAAUAAAACAGGGACAAAUCCACUUCCUGUCCCCCUACUGGGACCCCAUCUCAGAAGAAGCCAGAGGCCUUGUCAGAGCUCUGCUUCAGUCAGACCCCACAGCGAGGCUGACGGCAGAGCAGACCUUGCUGCAUCCCUGGGUGAAGGCUAUGGCUUCAGUUUGCAGGCAGAGGGCACUCUCAGACAAAACUCAGAGAGAGACAACAGCUACUGGAGCAGGACCAGACAAGUUGAGACAAGCCCAGAGGCUGGCUCAGAUCAAUGCAGCAGAAACAGUAAUGAACAAAACACCAGGACACACCAGCAGCAAGGGAGAAAAAGAAUUUAGUAAACCUGAUGAGAGACAAAGUGAGAUGAACACAGUUAGAGGACAAGAUGCGGACAAACCAACACAAGUACACACACCUUCAGAGGCCACACCUGGUCAGCAGAGACCAGAGUGCACCCCUACAGUUUCUGCCUCACCCAGCAGACCAGAAAUACAGGAUCCAGGUCCCCUAAACUGUGAUCCUGGCGGCCCAAUGAACCAGAGAGUUGAACUCAGUGCCCCCCCUGCCCAAACAGAGCUUCCAUCCCAGAUUACGACACAAUCGAACCAGAACGGCCAACAGCAGUCAUCUCCAUCUUCACCACCUAAUACAGCACAAACCAGAGCGGGUCACCAGAACAUCACCUCCACCCUGCCCAACCCCACCACAACCACUGUCCAAAACCACCCAGCCGAACACUAUGACGAGCCGAACUCUCACACUACCACCACCCACCUACCCACACAGUCUUGACCUCAAUGUCAAUCUCCUGUUUAACCGUGUGAUUAGAUCAGGGUCAUCACUUUCAUUGUUCCGGACAAUACCGCAGAUUUCCUGCCAGCUGAACCCUUGAACGACCUGCAGAUGAUGUGAUUUAUUCUCCUGGGAUUGAAUAGGGUCUGAUUGAUGAGGCAAAAUAAAUCUCAUAAAUGUGUGUAAUCCAUGUAUCCUGCAAUCACAAACUGAUGACGAGACGUUGUGUAAUGACCAAGGUAUGAGGACAGGAAGUGGAGACACAGUGUGAGCACUGUGUUGAAAUGAAUGGAGUCGAUCAUGUAGGAUUUAAUUUAAAUGUAAACAUACAGUAUUUACAGUUUGUCAGUGUUUUUAAUGUUGUGUAUUCAUGAAAAUACUUUUAAGUACAUUUCUGAAGUUUUUUUUUUCUUCUGGAAGCCAUGUUUGACUCGAUGUGGUAUGUUAUCGUGUCCGCCAUUACGAGUGGUAUCUAUUUUUGAUUGCUUGUGGGGCGACACUGACGGACUUCCCCUUUAAGUCAAUUCCUAGAAGUCUGUGCAAGGCUUGUUUAUCCAGCAACAUUUGUUUACUACAUGUUCAUGAACUAAAAAUACCUGUACCAAGAACUUUUCCUUUAAG